UCCAACGGCUUCGAUAUCGAUGAAUUCAUCAAAAAAAAGUGUGGUUUCAUUUAUUCAGUUCUACUAAUAUAACGGGUUGAAGUAGUUGAUCUAAAGUCAGUCCCGAGAAAAUGUGAUAUAUUUUAUUUAAAAAAUCGAGUUUCCCUUAUUACCAAUCUACAUUACAAUGGAAUUAAAAUAUCUCAUACCGGCAUUCAUGUUGGCGUUUUCAGCACACGGUGUCAUUGGUCAAGGUUUAUCGAAAUGCUUUUUUCAAAAAACAUGCGUCGAAUGUUUGGAUGCGGAUUAUUCUUGUGCCUGGUGUACAGAUGAGAGCUACGGAAUGUACAAAUCCCGCUGUAUGACCCUAAGUGACCUUAGGGCAUCCAACUGCAGUGAAGACAAAAUCGAAACAAAUGCAAAUUUCAGUCGGCUAACAAUCAUCCGAAAUGAGCCCCUUCGAGACUACGAUCGGGUAAAGCUAGAAGCUACCCAAAUCAGUCCUCAACGAGUGAAGAUCCAGCUUGGAAAGCUCGAACCACACACGUUCCAGUUCACCUACAAACCGGCUAAGAACUACCCACUGGAUUUGUACUACCUUAUGGAUCUCACCUGGUCCAUGAAGGAUGACAGGGACACCCUGAUCAACAUGGGCGAUCAGUUGGCGAAAGCACUGGCAAAUCUGACGGAAAACUACCGGCUCGGAUUCGGUAGUUUCAUCGACAAACCGAUCAUGCCGUUUGUGCAAACCGAAGAGCACCGAUUGGAGAAUCCGUGCAGUUCCGAAAAGCAGGUUUGCGAACCAACGUACGGGUUCCGGCACCGAUUGCAGAUAACCCAAAACAUCGCUGGAUUUAUCGAGAAACUGAAGACAAGUAAUGUUUCGGCGAAUCUGGAUAAUUUAGAGGGUGGUUUGGAUGCCCUGAUGCAAGUGCUUGUGUGUGAUAGUCGCAUUGGCUGGGGUUCCAACACGAGAAAGAUUGUCAUUUUGGCUACCAACGGGUUCAUGCAUAUGGCUGGAGAUGGACUGCUGGCUGGGAUCAGCGAGAGAAACGAUAAGCAGUGUCAUCUGUCGGACGAUGGGGAGUACCUGGGGACCCUGGAUUAUGAUUAUCCAUCGCUAGAGGAGAUUUAUAGGGUUUUGGGGAAGUCAAAAACUGCGGUCAUAUUUGCUGUCACCGAUGAAUUGCAGGACUACUACAGAUCGAUGAGAGAUCUUAUGGCAGAGUUCACCAGUGUGGGUUUGCUGCAGGAUGAUUCAUCGAACAUUCUACAGCUGGUUGAUACGGGAUACCGAGAUUUCGUGAAAAGAGUUGAGUUCACUGACAAUGCUCCCACCUACAUGCAACUUUCGUACAAGACGGAUUGUGGUGGGAUCUACAAAGCUCCACAACCGGUAAAUAAGUGCGAUAACGUUGAAAUUGGAAAGGAGUAUAAUUUCUUCGUGGAGGUUCGACUGGUGGAUUAUCCACCGGAUUCGGUGACAAAUUUGACAGUGAAAAUUGAGGAAGCGCUUAUCAGCAAUGAAGGCGUUCUACUGGAUAUCGACAUCAGGCAGCAUUGCCAGUGUGAGCUAAAUUAUGAACCAGUAAGCGGGAGUGAUGUUUGCAGAGGUAAUGGAGAUUAUUCCUGCGGUAUGUGCAACUGUCAUUUAGGAUGGAUCGGUAAAACAUGCGAAUGUAACUUGCAGAACUUUGAUACCAGUGUUGACCUUCUCAAUCAAUGCCGCGAAGAGGGAGAACUCGACGAACUGGGGCCGGUGUGCUCGGAUCGCGGCGAAUGCAUUUGUGGGCAGUGUUUGUGUAAUCCGGGAUACGAAGGACCGCAUUGCGAGUGUUCAGAAUGCAUUCCACUUUCGGGAGUAAUCUGCAGUAACCAUGGUGAAUGUGACUGCGGCGCCUGCAGUUGCUACAAUGGCUGGUCCGGGGAUGAAUGCGAUUGCUCGACCGAUCAAAGUACAUGCAAGGCCCCUCACAAAGACGAAAAAAUUUGCUCCGGACGGGGUGAAUGCGUCUGUGGGCGGUGUCUUUGUAGCGAGUCCUAUUUUGGACCGUACUGUGAAGCUAUGGCCGGUUCGGAAUCCGAACUUUGCUCCUACUACGAUGAUUGUGUGCGGUGUGCGAUUCACAAGAAACUGGGCGAAAAAUGUGACAACUUAGAGCUAGAGUGCAAGACCAAGCUAGGAUUGUACAGUGCGGAGUUUUUUGAUACCCUUGAAGACAUGCUAAACUGUACGGCUCGAAUUACUCAUGACGAAUUGAUUUGCGAUUACAAAUACACCUACGGAUUUGAAAAUCGGCAAACUCUGCUCAAGAUUUUGAACCAGAACUGCACUAGAACGAACGUGAUGGCCGCAGGUUUUUAUAUCGGCAUCCUAACCGUAUUUCUAGGCCUCAUCUUAGCAUUUGCUUUUAAACUGAAAAUUUAUUUGGAAGAUCGUCGGUUGUACCAGAGGUUUGAGAAAGAACAGCAAAACGAGACAUCGUACGAGCUGCAGAGCCCGCUGUACAAAUCACCAAUCUCGAGCUUUACGGUGCCAAAAGAGAUGGCUGAUAGCGAGUUGAAGUGAACGAAGUGAACGCCUUACUGUAGGCAAUGGUAACGUGUCUUACUGAUUAAACUUUUAUGACUACAGUGACACCCGCGUUAGAGGCAUUUUUAAAUUCCAAUGCUUUGCAAACUAAAAAAAAACAUUCUAAUACUGUCCUAGAGAAAUGAUUGAAUUGUAGGUCAUUUUCUGUUUGAUUAAUUUACUUCUGCUCAAAUGACCCAUUAAUAAUUAGUAAUGUAACGUGCUACUCCACAUUUCUUCGAAAACUCUGAAAAUAUCAUUGAUAGAUGGAAAUGCAGUGCAUGACACGCUAACUACUAGUGGUUAAU